UAAUGAAUUUGGAAAACUUUCCAAUUUUGGAACUACCACCUGAACUCAUUCUACAUGUUUUGAAAAAUUAUUGCUAUGAGGAGUUGAACGAUAUCACUGUUACAUGUAAAACAUUGCAUGCAUUAAUUGAAGAAAAUCGCAAUUCUUUGGCGUCUAAAAAUAUUUAUCAUAUUGACUUGGAAAGGAGAAGAGUUAGAGCAUGGAGAGAUUUUUCCUGGUGUGAUCGGAUUCCAUUUCGCUCUUUCGAUUAUAUAUCAAAAUUUUUCUGCAAUGUAAAUGUCAAAGUGUUGACCGUUAACAAAUUGGAUGAGGAAAUUUGUGGUUUUUUGAUAGAAAAAGCACAAAAGAAAAUGCUGCGAUUUGAGCAAUUGAGAUUAUUUCAUUCGUUUUCUGCAUCACAUGAAUCAAUUUGUCAACUCUUGCAAGCUUCGAAAUGUCGAGGUAUCAACUUUGAAGCUGUGGAAAGUAAAUUAAUAUCAAAGGAUCUUUCUCUAAAUGGAUAUCGAAAUUUGAAUUCCAUUUGUUUCGAAAUGGACGAUAGUAUCGACGGAAAUUUUUUCGCGUCGGUAUUGGAUAUUUCAGAAGCAAGAAAGUUUAUUUUCCAUGCAUGCGAUAAUAUUCCAAAGGAAUUUGUGAGAAUUAUGUUCGAAAAAUUUCUGGAUGGAACUCGCGAGUUCGAUGCUGUCCGUAUUACCACUAAUCAGAAUUUUUCAUUUGAUGAAAUAAUUGCUGAUUUGAAUAUCCAAAAAUUGGACAAUUCUACAUGGAAAAUGAAAAGUACCAGAGGAGAUGAAGCUACGAUCACAAUGCGUCGAAACAAUUUCCAUUUCUUCGUUGCGUUUGAAGUGAACGAUCAUCGAGUUGAAGACAUUCUCUACAAGAUACCAUUCAUUGAAUGACCCUUUCCCAGUUGCCCACAAUAAAUAUGACUAUCUGU